GAUCCACAAAAGACAAUCCAAUUGAAAUUGACAGUGAUCCAAGCUUGUACUCCGGUUCUUCAAGCUCAGACGCUACCAUGUGUGACAAGUCUGACUGUGACUGUCAAUCCCUUGGGGUCUUCAGAGGGCCACUGGUAAGUGGGAGCCAUGACUUUGAUGAGCACUGCAUGUUUGGAAAUGACAUGUACUUGACAAAAGGUCAAGUCGAUUUCCUUAAUGAGCACUGCAACCACUUUCCAACAGAGGAAUUUGAGUACUAUAUCUACAGGAUGACCAAGUCAGCAGUGAUAAAGAAUAAAUGCAAGCUGGAUAUUGGAAAGAAGUUCACUGCCAAGUACCUGAAAAGGUUCAUUGACGAUGCUCCUGGCAAUGCUGUUACUCUUUCUCUAGAGUACACCGACAGCAAUGCACGCUUUAAAGUGACCAUGAAGAUGGCAAAGGAGAAGGCCAAGAAUGCAAUCAUAGCAACUGGUUGGUCAAAGGCUAUGAAUACUUAUGAGAUCAAAGAAGGAGCCAUCUGCAUCUUUGAAUUCUACGUUGACAUGAAAGGUAAGCUUGCUCUGAUGAUCCACAGUCUACCUGAUGACUGUGAUGACUCUGAUUCAUCUGAGUCAUCAGAGUAAGUGCUCAACUUCCCUGAGUCAUCCAGUUAGUUAUGGAGUAUUAGUUGUCUUAGUUGCUAUGGACUGUUAGUUGUCUAAGUUGCUGAAGUAAGUGCUGAACUGCUGAACUACUUUUGAUGCCUACCAGUGGGCAUGCUACUUAAGAUGCCUGUGAUGCUUUUGUAUGUAAUGCCUGACAUGCUUUUGUAUGUAAUGCCUGACAUGCUAUGCCUGUGAUGCCUGUGAUGCAUCUUACUGCAAUGCCUGUGAUGCAUCUUACUGCUAUAUCUGUGAUGCCUGUGAUGCAU